AAAAUCAACCUUAUAUAGGUUUGUUAUAAAAAGAAAAGUGAAGUCUGUCUGCAAAAAUGACAUCAUGUUGGAUAUUUUGGUACGUUUUAUUUGCAUUUUUAUUAGGUGCAUUAAUUUUGGUAAAUAUAUUUCACACAUUCGUAAUUGAAUGUCUAUUUGUGUAUAAUUCCUGAUGUUUAACAUUCCCCAUACCCAUAUAUAAUAUCUUAUGUCAUGUAACAGUUAUAUGUAUUUUGUUAGCUUAUUUUAUUCUGUGGUCUAUUUAUUUACUUAUUUGUAUACUUCUUUUGUUCUUAUUUGUCAUAACUUCAAGGUUCAAGGUUCAAGGUUUUCUUUAUUGUCAAUACCACCAUAUGUGCAGACAUACAGAGGAAUCGAAAUACUGUUUCUCUUCUCUCGUCAGUAGUAACAUCGUAUUUACAGUUAGUGCAACAAAGAACAGAUUUGUGAUGGUACCAGUAGUAUACUUAUAAUAAAUAGAUGUAAAUAAACCAGUGAAAAAUAAAUUGAACUUCUGAAUGGAUAUAUAUCUGACUAAGUGUAAACAGUGAAGUCUAUUAAUAUACAAAUAUAUUCAAGGUGCAAAUAAGCUGAAGAUAUAUGUAAACAUGAACAUAAACAUGAAGAUAAAUGUAAACUUCACAGAAAGUUAGGCAGAAAAACAGCAUGUACAAUAUGUACAAUAUGUACAAUAACAGCAGUAUGAGUAGUGCAAUAAGACUGUAGGUGUAAAGUGCAAAACAGUGUGAGAUUGAAAUAGUUUGUGCAUGUAUGCUAAAACAUGUAAUGUAAGAACAAGUUGUUUUAAACAGUCCAGUUUGUAUAGAAUUUUGUCGACAGUAUAAAGUGUCUAAUGUGCAAUAAAGUGUGGGUGAGCUGUGGUUUCAGAGUCCAGGAGUAGGUAUGGGAGGAGGGACAUCAGUCUUGUGGAGCGAGCCUGGAGGCUUCGGUACCUUCUCCCUGAAGGCAGGAGGCUGGAGUAGAGGUUUGAUGGGUGUGAACCAUCUGCUGCAAUGCUGAUGGCUCUACUAGUGAGGCGGGUAUGGAAGAUAUCCACAAGGGAGGGCAGAGAGACACCGAUGAUCUUGCCGGCUGCUUUCACUAUGCAUUGGAGAGUCUUUCGACAGGAGGCAGUGCAUCCUCCAUACCAUACAGUGAUGCAGCUGGGUGGUUUGUCAAUGAAGUUUAACGGGAAAUUGGCAGUACAGGUGAGGACUCCCAGUAAUCUGGCUGACCUGGCUGCCUACACCUCCCUCAAGUUCCACAUCACUCUUCCACAAGCUACAUCCACACAGCGUCAAGAUGCCAACAGCCAGUUUGUCUUCUACCUGGGCAAUAAGAAUUCCAGUAAAGAGUUCAUGGGGAUGAUCCUGUCUGGCACCCGACUACACUGGCUUUUUAAUCUUGGGGGUAAGACUGCACAGGGGGUGAUGGAAGAAGACGUUCGCUCAGACGGCCAAUUCAACAGCCUGUUUCUGGAGAGGAUAUUGCAGUAUGGUCUGAUGGCGAUGACUAUAGGAGAGGGGCUAUCAAGUAUGCAGACUGUGGAGGCAGAAGGAGAUCUUGGCCUUCUAACCCUCCCUGCUGAGGAAACAGUCUUCUACGUUGGAGGCUAUCCCAGUAACUUUGUGCCCCCUGCCCAGAUGCAGCUUCCUCAUUUCAAGGGCUGCUUGGAGCUUGAGAGUCUGAAUGAGGAGGUGAUCAGCCUGUAUAACCUUGAGCAAAUCUUUCAGCUUAACACCACUGAAGACAGUCCCUGCCCACGACCAUGGCCACCAGAAACCCUGCAGUGGAUAGACGACGCAUCCUACUUUGAUGGCACAGGUUAUGCUGAACUCAUUCCUAAGCCUGCAUGCUCAAAAGCUCGCUUUGAACUGGAAGUCAAACUCGUCUCACAGAACGGAAUUCUGCUCCUGCUUCGCAACGAGACCAAGUUUGCGUGUGUGGCAGUGCUCGGAGGGCGCAUGAAGCUCUUCUAUGACUUCAAUGGGACGUUUGUGGAGGAGGAGUACAAAGGCACAGAACCCGAAUUUCUAUUUGUCAGUGACACCACCCCCAAAUUAGUGGAGGUCAUUAUUCCUGUGCGGGGAUCAACACUUAGACCUUAUACACUGAUAGUGAGAAGACAAAGGAAACUACUGUACCAGGUCGACUCCUCAGACAUCCCCUGUUUCACAGGAAGCUACUUCCUAGGUGGUGUUCCUGAUGACCAAAUGCCUGAGAGGCUGAAGAGUCUGUUCCCUAAACAGGGUUCUGUAAAGGGCUGCUUCAGGAACAUUAAAGCCAUGGGCAGUUUCAUAGAUCUGAAGAGCAUGAAGACUUCAGGCGUCAGCUAUGGUUGUCCUGAUGAGUUACUGGUGGCUCGAGAAGCCCAUUUUAAAGGGCAGGGUUAUCUGGACCUCAAGCUGGACAACCUGCCAGACAUCACAGACAACUUUUAUGCUGGUGUUGGCUUCAGAACGGAGCAGAAGAAUGGACUGUUACUCCACCACCAGGCUCAGAGUGGGGUGUGUCAGGUACAAUUGGACAAUGGCCAUGUGGUGGUGAGGGCUGGCAAUAAAGAGGUUCGAACUCAGAAGACUUACAACGAUGAGAUGAGUCACUAUGUGGCUUUCUAUAGCAACAUAAAUGGACUUCGUGUGUAUAUGGAUGACAUGCUGGAACUCAGCCCUAACACCAACGUCGAAACUCCCAGCACACUUCAAAUCGGGGAAGUCUAUCUUGGUGGCACACCUGUGUCCAAUAAUAUCGUCAACCUCACUGGCUGUCUCAGAAAUAUUUUUAUUAAAAGGACAACACCAUUUCAAAUGGUGGUGGACUUGCUACAAGCCAAUGAGAACGUUGAUGUUGCACUGGAGUGUCCUGCUGCUAAGAAACCACAGCAGAUGCUGGCCUCACCUUCACACCUUAAAAGCACCAAGCCUCAGGGAGCACCAAAAAGCCGCAGUGCCCGAGGUUCCGGCCAGGAGGAGUUGCCUGUCCAAGAGAAAAAUGCCCACCACUUCAGUGGAUCUGCCCACAGCUACUUGCGCUUUGAUUCAGUUCCUCCAGCCUUCCUCAAGACGCCUAACAUGGCAAUGGCCGUCCGUGUGAACUCAUCCAGUGGCCUCAUCUUCUAUGCAGCAGCUGAGAGAGGAAGAGCAGCAUUAACGCUCUCUGUGUCCGAAGGCCACCUGAUAUUGUUGCUUAAAGGAGCGAAGAGGAAAUCCAGCAUUGUGACCAGUGCCAAGUAUAAUGACAACCAGUGGCACACAGUGUUACUGAGGAUUGAGAAAGAAAAGGCCAGUCUGAUAGUAAAUGGCAUUAAUGUGCAAAGCAAGAAGGUGUCUUUCUCUGGAGCGAAAAAUGCACUGAGUGGUCCAAUUUACAUCGGUGGCCUGCCUUCUGACCACAAAGCUGUGGAGGUGGGAUUUGUAGGCUGUGUUAGAGAUCUGAAGGUGAGCGAGGUGCUGCUAAGCCCCGCCUACACUGUGGGGGUGGUGCCAUGUUACCAAGAGCCUCUUCAACCAGGUGUCUAUUUCUCCAGCCAAGGAGGACAUAUUGCCAUUGAUGAGUCACUAGCUCUGGGUCGUGAUCUGGAGCUGGAACUGGAAGUUCGGCCUGUAGCAGAUUCCGGCCUUCUGCUCCAUGCUGGAGUCAGGAAGCAUCAGCAGCUCAGCGUCUACCUCAACCAGGGAGAGGUGUUUGUGUUAGUGAACAGUGAGAGUGGAGAGUUUACGGUUUCCCUCAAACCAGAGGAUUCACUGUGUGAUGGAAACUGGCACAGUAUAUUUAUUGAGAAGAAGAGAAACGUGAUCCAGAUACGUGUGGAUUCCACGAGUGAACAUGGUGUCCGCCCCAAACAUAGCAGAGCUAAUGGAGCCAAUGUACCAGUCUAUCUGGGCAAUGUGCCAGAUGCAGUGGAAGCUCCCGCUCUUCCUUCGUCUCUUCCUGCGUACCACGGCUGUAUAAGGAAAGCUGUGGUGAACGGCCGAGCUGCCAUGCUCUCCAAACCUCAGACCAUUUCAGGAGCUGUGGCCACUCAGGGAUGCCCUGCCAUGUAGCCCACAAUCCCCACCUUCAAAUCCAAAAUACCUAAAUGAUCAAAUCAGCAGGUGGUGGGUUUUACCUAUGUGAUAGCUAACUUCAAGAUAUUUAUAUUCUUUUGUUAAACAAACAUCUGUAUGUCCAAGAGGUCUGCACCAGAUGUGAUGCCUCUGUGAGUGCUUCUAAUAAAAGUACCAGUACUGUAUGAUUUAUAUACAAUUAUGACAUUACCAAAGAGAUUACUAAUGCAGCAGAACAGUUGUUGGGUAAUGUCUUGCUGAGAUUUCUAUCACCAGAAUUCCUAAUUAAAGGGCCAAUCAUAUCA